AUGGGCCCGACGUUCAGCCCCUGCCCCCGCCCCAUCCUCAAACGCCCCUCCACCGUCGCCGACGUGCCCUCCCUCUCCCGCGACCGCGACGAGCCCACCGAGCUCCUCGCCAUCGACCGCGGCAUCCUCCAGCCCGUCGUCCGCUUCCCGUCCCGCCCCGCCCUCUCCAAGACCUUCUCCGCCCACUCCUCUGCCCAGUACGACCGCUCCCCCAUCGUCGUCCAGCCCAACACCUGCGCCCUCCCCGCCCGCGGCUGCCCCGGCCGCACCUACAGCCUCGACGACCCCGCCCUCCUCGCCUCUGCGCGCGCGUCGUCAAGCAGGAGGCGCAGCCCCAGCCGCGCAGGCCGCCACCUCCACCCGCGGGCGGCCGCGGCGCUCCCCGCCAACGAAGAGGACGACGACCCGACGCCCCGCGCGUCGCCGCACGCGCCGCUCCCCGCGCUCGUGCCCGACCUCUCCUCCGAGUCCGACGAGUCCGACGGCUUCACGAGCCCACCCAACGAGCUCAUCGCAGCCGGUGCCCACCCGCGCAGCGGGAAGCCCGGCGCAGACUCGCUCUCCAUGGGUCUCGCGUCCCUCCACCUCUCGCAGUCCGAGGCACUCGCGUUCCUCCCCCACCCGCCCUCGCCC